CUUCCGUUUCCAGGAUUAUUUUGAAAAAUAAGCGGCAGUCAUGGAGGAAGGUUGUGAAAACGGGGCGGAUUUUAGAGUAAACGUCAAGUCGAAAAAACAUAUCCGUGAACAGCUUGAAAAAUAUAAAGACUUAUUUAAAAAGUUGCUCGACGGACAAUGCCAUAUUUCUGAGGAAGACAAAGCUAAAUUGCUUCAAGAAAUGGUUGUGAACUUCGAAUUUACAGUGCAAGAAAAUUUAGUUAUUGGUGGCUUGUCAUGGGACGAGGCGUCAGAGGAUUAUUGUGAAGACAAUGAGAACACAAUAAAUGACAUUCUAGAUGAGAAAAUAGUAGAGACUGCCUGCAAACGCACCUCUUACCCAAAGCAAAUACGUAACCAUGUUGUGCGAUCCUUAAAAGCAGAGAGGAAACUUCUGGGUUUGUAUGAACAAGCAGUGAAGCCACAAGACCUAAAGCCAGACCCAGCUCAAGACACUGUCAUCAAAAAUGUAUCCGCUGCUGCACCUGCAAUGUUCAAACAAGCCAGUACAGUUAUGAAGUCCCUGAAAAGUCUGAAGCAGGCAGCCGAGGGCUUGCGUCAAGUGCUUGACAUGCAGCCUUCAGUGGAGUCGGUGGAAAUCUACAGAGAAGUUUUUGGCAGUUCAGUAGGAGGCGUCUGUCCAGACCUUCACCACAGGCUUCCCUCCACCAUCAAAAGAGCUGCGUCUGAUUCAGAAUACAGUGCAGACUAUGUACCUGCUCCAAAAAUCAACCCAAUGACUGAUGCAAAUUAAGGUGUAGUCUGUAAUCUGUAUGUGUGUGUAUCAUUUUGUGUGGGAAUGGAGAAGGGCAGUAUGGGAGCGUUGUAUUGACACUUGUUAUAAGUAUUUUGUAUGCUGAUUCUUACACACAUAUUGUAAAUAAAUAUUAAAGAAAUACUUUGUGCGUGUAGUUUAGGAAAUACACUACCAGUCAAAAGUUUUUUAAUGUUUUUGAAGAAGUGUCUUCUGCUCACCAAGCCUGUGUUUAUUUGAUCCAAAAAAAUUUUUGCUAUUUAAAAUAACUGCUUUCUAUUUGAAUAUAUUUUAAAAUGCAAUUUAUUCCUGAGAUCAAAGCCAAAUUUUCAGCAUCAUUACUUCAGUCUUCAGUGUCACAUGAUCCUUCAGAAAUCAUUCUGAUAUUACUGUUCAAAAAAAUGUAAGUAUUAUUAUCAAUAUUUAAAACAGUUGUGUACAUUUUUUCAGGAUUCUUUGAUGAAUAUAAAGAUCCAAAGAUCUGCAUUUAUCUACACUAAAAAGCUUUUGUAACAGACAAAAUACCAUUAUUUUUUUGGGAAAGAAAUUAUAAAAAAAAAUACUUUCAUUUAGCAAGGAUGCUUUCAAUUGAUCAAAAGGGAUGACAAAGGCAUUUAUAAUGUUACAAAAGUUUCUAUUUCAGAAAAAUGCUGUUCUGAACUUUCUAUUCAUCAAAAAACCUGAAAAAAAUGUACUCAGCUGAUUUCAACAUCAUAAUUUUUUUGAGCAGCAAAUCAGAAUAUUAGAACGAUUUCUGAAGGAUCAUGUGACUGGAGUAAUGAUGCUAAAAAUUCAGCUUUGAAAUCACAAAUUACAUUUAUAAAAUAUAUUCAAACAGAAAACAGUUAUUUUAAAUAGUUAAAAUAUUUUACUGUACUUUAGAUCAAAUAAAUGCAGGAUUGUUGAGCAGAAGAGCCUUAAAGAUCUUACUGUUCAGAAACUUUUGACUGGUAGUGCUUUUUUCAAUUACAAUAAAUUACUUUUUAGAGAACUAUUGUGCUGAUGUGGUCCAGGUUUAUACCACAAGGUAUUUUUCGUCUCCCAGUGUUGGUUUCCAAAUACUGGCACUGAACACGGUUUUGUUAAACAAAAUGUGAUCAAUAAACAUUGACUAGAAGGGCACUUUUUGUAUCCU